UCCCAGCAUGCCCCGCGACAGGAAAUAAGAGCCGUGACUUCCGGAUCCUCCCUCACCGUUUGAAGCUGCGGUUCGGUCGGCCUGGUUGUGUUCGUGUCUCUCUCUGGUUAUGGCCGCGGCCGUCGCUAUGGAGACAGAUGAUGCUGGAAAUCGACUUCGGUUUCAGUUGGAGUUGGAAUUUGUUCAAUGUUUAGCCAACCCAAAUUACCUUAAUUUUCUUGCCCAAAGAGGUUACUUCAAAGACAAAGCUUUUGUUAAUUAUCUUAAGUACUUGCUUUACUGGAAAGAACCAGAAUAUGCCAAGUAUCUAAAGUACCCUCAGUGUUUACACAUGUUAGAACUGCUCCAGUAUGAACACUUUCGAAAGGAGCUGGUGAAUGCUCAGUGUGCGAAAUUCAUUGAUGAACAGCAGAUUCUACACUGGCAGCACUAUUCCCGGAAGCGGAUGCGUCUUCAGCAAGCCCUUGCAGAGCAACAACAGCAGAAUAACACAGCAGGAAAAUGAAGAGCUGGGGACAGUCCAGGCUCUUGGGACAUGUAUAAUGUAUUGCUAUUGUACAGUACUGGUAAAGGAAGACUCUUCUGCCCACCUUUAUUAUGGAGCACUCAGAACCAUUAGUGUUAUUUUUGGUCAGCAAGUUUUAUAUUGUUAAUAGAUUAUUUGUUAAACCAGAA